UUCAGCCUGAUCCGUCGAGACACUAGACCAGAGCCAGCGAUUAGGUGUUCGACGCUGAGGGGUGCAACGAGGCUGCCCUCGGCGCCGGAUCAUCGCAGCGAGGCUCGUUUGAGGACCGAUCCGAAAGUUCUGGUCUUCGUCGAAACACUUUACUCCAUGCUGGGGAAGAACAUAGCGGAACUGCUCGUCUCCAAUCGAAUCAAGUACAAGCUGGAAGUGGCUGGCAAGUCCCUACCCGUGUUGACGAACCUGGACAAAGGUCGAUACGGGGUGCUGAUCUUCGAGAACCUGAACAAGUAUCUGCAGAUGGAUAAGUGGAACCGCGAGUUGCUGGACAAAUAUUGCAGAGAGUAUUCGGUGGGCAUCGUGGGAUUUGCGCCGUCCGGCGAAGAAAGUCUCGUCGGUGCGCAGCUGAAGGGCUUUCCUCUCUUCGUGCACACUAAUCUCAGACUGAAGGAUGCACAGCUGAACGCGGCGUCCCCUAUCCUCCGAUUAACCAGAUCCGGAGAAACAGCCUGGGGACCACUUCCUGGCGGUGACUGGACCAUUUUUCAGGCCAAUCACAGCACCUAUGAGCCGCUGGCUUGGGCGCAUCGGGACAGCCUCGACUAUCCGGCCAAUAAAAGUCCUCUGGCGACUGUCAUUCAGGAUCACGGCAGAUACGACGGGAUUCAGAGGGUGUUUUUCGGCGGUGGAUUGCGAUUCUGGCUGCACAAUUUGCUGCUGCUCGACUCUCUAUCCUAUCUGUCCCAUGGACAGUUGAGCCUCAGCCUGAAUCGGAUGAUUCUGGUCGACGUCGACGACAUAUUCGUCGGCGAGAAGGGCACCAGAUUGAGAAAGGACGACGUGAUGGCGUUGUUGGCCACACAACAGAGAAUCCAAGCGCUGGUACCGGGGUUCAAGUUCAACUUGGGGUUUUCUGGCAAGUACUUCCAUCACGGCACCGCCGAGGAGAAUCUGGGGGACGAUAUGCUUCUGGAGAACGUAGACAGAUUUACGUGGUUUUCCCACAUGUGGAAUCAUCAACAGCCUCAUAACUACGAGAACGUAACGCACCUGCAACUGGAUAUGGCGCUGAACAAACAGUUCGCGAAAGACCACGGGAUCCCAACUGGAAGCGGCUACAGCGUGAGUCCUCAUCAUUCCGGCGUUUAUCCGGUCCACGAGGGUCUGUACGAGGCAUGGAAAAGGGUGUGGAACAUCAAAGUCACCAGCACAGAGGAGUAUCCCCAUUUGAGGCCUGCUCGAUUAAGGCGAGGUUUCAUUCAUCGUAAUAUAAUGGUCCUACCGAGGCAAACCUGUGGCCUUUUCACACACACGAUCUUCAUCGAUAGAUACCCAGGCGGCAGGGAGAAGCUGGACAAAUCGAUACAGGGUGGAGAAUUGUUCCAGACUAUCGUUCACAAUCCUAUCAAUAUUUUUAUGACGCACAUGUCAAACUACGGGAACGAUCGUCUGGCGUUGUACACUUUCGAGUCGGUGAUUAAAUUCAUACAGUGUUGGACGAACCUGAGAUUGUCCAGCGCGCCGCCUCUUCAACUCGCAGAGAGAUACUUUCAGCUCUAUCCUGAAGAAUCUGAUCCUGUAUGGGGCAAUCCCUGCGAUGAUCUGAGGCAUCAAAAGAUCUGGUCGAAGAAUAAAACUUGCGAUCAACUGCCGAGAUUCCUGGUAAUUGGUCCUCAAAAAACUGGCACUACCGCUCUCUACACCUUCCUGUCCAUUCAUCCGGCGAUAAGCAGCAAUUUACCGAGUCCCGACACGUUUGAGGAGAUUCAAUUCUUUAAUGGAAAGAAUUAUUACAAGGGCCUCGAUUGGUAUAUGAGCUUCUUUCCAGCGUCGAAGAACGAGAGUUCACGUUAUCUGUUCGAGAAAUCGGCCACCUAUUUCGACGGCGAAUUGGUACCGCGUAGAGCUCACGCGCUACUACCGAGAGCAAAAUUGAUCACUAUACUGCUCUCGCCAGCCAGGCGUGCCUACUCGUGGUACCAACACACGAGGGUCCACGGUGACCCUGUAGCAAAUAAUUAUUCCUUUCACUCGGUUAUCACCGCAAGCGAUACCGCACCGAAACCCCUACGCGAUCUCAGGAAUAGAUGUUUAAAUCCCGGCAAAUAUGCCCAGCAUCUGGAGAGGUGGCUCUCCUAUUAUCCACCUCAGCAAUUGCACAUUAUAGACGGGGAACAGCUCCGUCAAAAUCCCGUGGAGACGUUGCAUGAGCUACAAAGGUUCCUCAAGAUCACGCCUGCUUUCAAUUACUCGUCCCACUUGAGGUACGACCCGAAAAAGGGUUUCUUUUGUCAGGUUACCAACGAGGAUCGUACGAAAUGCCUCGGCAAGAGCAAAGGCCGUCAAUAUCCUCCGAUGGAGGACAAAUCGUACAAAUUAUUGCAGAGGUAUUAUCUGUCUCACAAUACGGCCCUAGUGAAAUUAUUGAAACGUCUCGGGCUGAGGACGAUCCCACAAUGGCUGAAGGAAGACCUUACCGACACGGUGAUGACCUAGCAAACGUCGAUUAUAUGAAACGAUACCGUUUCUGAACUGUUUAUUUCAACGGUGAACGAAGUUCAUCGGUUACUAGCUGAAGAUCUGUAAAAUAAUUGUACAGUCGAUUGUAUUCCACUGGACACCAAAUCCUCGAUGGAAGGACCAUACAAGUGGCCUAUCCCAGUGGUGGUUUGGCCUAAGAUCGUUGGGGAGCCUGCGAAACUAGUCACUAAGCGGUUUCACGGUGAACACGACCGUGACUGUCGAUCGUUGUUAAGCCAAUAGCACUAUUAUUAACGUUAUAAUUAUUAUUGUCAUCGUUGUUGCGUCGUAGAGAACAUGAUUAUUAAGAGUACAGCUCGCUCGCUGGUGCCAUCAUCCGUCUAUAAUGAUUGGACGCCUUUCGUUCUAAUCUUUACUACUAAAGACAAAUGGUAAGACCAAAUAAAAAAAAAAAAAAAGAAAAGACUCCUAGUUUAUGCUCGAGUUAAAUUUUGUCUUCGAUCUUAAAUCACAACGUGUUUUUCGCUUUCGACUGCGAAGUCGAGAAUAUUUUAAUAGAAUCAAAAAAGACCACGAACAAACGCACAUUUUGGCGUAAUGAUAAUCACGAACAAGUUGUCGACUCGGGAAUAAACGGUUCUUUUGGAACUUGAGUAGUAAAGAGAAGAAGGUUAGAGAAUGCUUUAACAAGUGAGAUUAGAAGCGACCAAAAAGAAGAAGAAGCAAAAGAAGAAGAAGAAACGGUAUUUUGGAAAAAGGCGAUACUUGACUUUUGUGAGAUCUGUCCAAAUCGUGUUGCAAUGUUUGAAGAGAUUUAUUUCCUCAUGAAAGUGAUCAAUGGAUAGAUCGAGUGCGUUGAUAUUUGAAUCGACGAUCUGUCAGUCCUUUACUUCUGGUACUAAUUGCAGAAACGUUUCUGCGAGUGUGAGAUAUUUUGGGGUUUUGAGAUAUUUCUUCCCGCCCACUUGCUCUCUCAGAGACACGAUGUACAUUAAUUCUCGUUGUGUAAGUGUAUUAAAAGAAAAAAAAAGAAGCAAAAAUGAAAAAAAGCUAUAAUGAUGAUUCUAUGUAUAUUUUGACAAUACUAUUCUUGGUACCGCCGAUGGAAAGGUCGAUGAAAAAUGUGUGAUCGCGUCCGUUUGUACAUUUAUGUAUCGUACUGUUUUGAUGUGAUCGUAGGUGUACCAUAAGAUAAAAUUUAAAGGAAAAAAAAGAAAAAAGAAAGGAGAAACUAUAAGAAUGAUCAUUGGCGAUCAUUUUCGGUGAUGGUUUUACGUGGAGAAGUGAUAACUGCCUACUCGCAAUAACUGCUAUUGUCACGUUUAAGGCACACAAAUCUAUCCUGGAUUAAUGAUAGUUCUUUGUUCCAAACUAGAAGAAUCAUUCGUUGUUGAAGAUAAUCGGGUGAUUUUUAAACACUUUAAUACCUGAUGUGUAUUAUAGCGAAUUGAAUGUCGUGGAAACGGAGAAUGCAUUGUUGUGAAUAAAAUCUUGAUAUUCACAAGAUAGUCUAACGAUUAUCGUUUGUUAAAAGCAUAUCAGUUACAAUUAUCUUUCUUAAUCUAUUUACUUAUUUCCUUCACGAAUUGAUCUAAUUCGUUGAAUUUCACUCAAUCGUCUUUGAUAUGCAGUUUUAGUAUCUUUUGAAUAUUGAUAUUACUAUUAAUCUAGAAAUUACAACAAACAUAUCUCAUUUUGAACAAUUUUCAUUACUUAAGUGUAAGUAGCACUUAAGUGUAAGCAUAAAUAUUUUUCCAAAAGUGUAAUUAUCUAAUGAUUU